UUCGUCGCCUUGCACAUUCAUGAUAGCUUCAAAGUUGAAACUCAUAAUAAUAUUUGAGCCCAACGUUUUAUGCAAAUUGCAUUAUUACCCCUCCACUGCAUGAACUCAGAACUGCAAUCAAUCUCUUUCGAUAUAUAUAUAUACACAAAUACUGAUAUACACAACACAUCCCUGUAUUUGGCAGUUAGGCACUCAUCCAAGCUGUUCUCUUUCAGAAAGGAGAGGUUUUGGAGCUUCUGGAAAGCACUAAAGGUGAAAGGGCGGUAGCAUACAGCAUCCCUACAAGAAGAAUAGCAGAAUUUUAAGGUCUUCUAAGGCAAAAAGUUAUGAAGAAUUCAGUGUCUGACCACAGUUUCUACAUAGAGAGUGAGGAAGAGGAUGAGGAACAGGAGAAGGGUGAAUAUGGAAUUGGGGAAAGACAUGGAUCUGAUUUUUCCAACUACUCCAAUGAUCAUGAAAAUGAGAAUGAGAACGAGAACGAGAAUGAUCGCCAGCAGAGUAAGCCCAAUUCAUACAGCAAUGCUUGGCCGCAAAGUUACAGGCAAUCUAUUGAUCUGUAUAGUAGUGUACCCUCUCCAAGUAUCAACUUUCUGGGUACACCCUCGCUGUCACGUCUAAGCAGCUCGUUUCUUUCCUCAUCACUUACGAAGAGACACACUCCUGAGGUAUUGCCUACACUGCAUAAACCACUCUUACCACCAAAAGAAGAGGAGCAGCAAAGACGAAGUUCGCAUUCUUUGCUGCCUCCUAUACCAUCAAGAUCUUCUGUUGUAAAGAAAGUUACCCCUGAUGGGAAAGUCAUUACAAUCACACAUGAAGUUCCCAUGCCGAAGCAGAGCUCAUUUGGCCAAGCAGUGCUAAACGGCAUUAAUGUUUUAUGCGGAGUAGGAAUACUUUCUACUCCUUAUGCUGUCAAAGAGGGCGGAUGGUUUGGGCUUCCUAUAUUGUUUAUCUUCGCUGUACUUUCUUACUACACUGGGAUUCUUCUGCGGUCCUGCUUAGACAGCCAACCAGGGCUUGAGACUUACCCUGACAUUGGGCAGGCUGCCUUUGGUUCAACCGGACGGGUUGUCAUAUCUAUCAUUCUAUAUGUGGAAUUAUACGCUUGUUGUGUUGAAUAUAUAAUUUUGGAAGGCGAUAACUUGUCAUCUUUAUUCCCAAAUGCACAUUUAAAUUUGGGAGGGCUACAUUUAGAUGCACACCAUGUUUUUGCACUGAUGGCAACCCUGGCUGUUCUUCCUACUACCUGGCUGCGUGACCUCACUGUUCUCAGUUAUAUCUCAGCUGGAGGAGUUGUUGCAUCUCUACUGGUUGUUGCUGCCUUGUAUUGGGCUGGCUUGGUGGAUAAUGUUGGCUUUGAAAGCAAAAGGACGACGUUGAAUCUAUCCACUCUUCCAGUUGCAGUUGGUCUCUAUGGUUAUUGCUACUCGGGGCAUGCUGUGUUUCCCAAUAUAUAUACAUCGAUGGAGAAACGCAACCAAUUCCCUGCAGUCCUCUUAGCCAGUUUCGGGAUAGUUACUCUGCUGUAUGCUGGAACUGCUGUAAUGGGAUAUAUGAUGUUUGGGGAUUCAUCUGAGUCACAGUUCACACUAAACAUGCCGAAUGAUUUAGUUUCCUCCAAAGUUGCUGUCUGGACAACUGUUGUCAAUCCAUUUACAAAGUAUGCAUUAACCAUUGCUCCUGUGGCAAUGAGUCUUGAAGAAUUGAUACCCUCAGGCCAAGGCAAAUCUCGUUGGAUAUAUUCAAUCUUCAUCAGGACAGCACUGGUGGUAUCGUCUUUAAUCGUUGGUCUCUUGAUACCCUUCUUCGGUCUUGUGAUGUCCCUUAUUGGAUCUUUUCUCACCAUGCUAGUCACACUGAUACUCCCUUGCGCCUGUUAUCUUAGCAUAUUGAGGGGCAAAAUAAGCUACAUCCAGGCAUCAGCUUGUGUAGUUGUUAUGGGAGUGGGAGUGGUAUCAUCAGCUUUCGGAACAUAUUCUGCCAUUUUCCAGAUUGUUGAGAGUCUGAGUGGUUGAGCUGAAUCUGUUGGUAGUUUAGAUGCCUUUUGCAUACAUUCAUACUAUAGAACUUUUAUCUACUCUAGUUGCUGGUUUAGUAGUGGUUUCUCAUAUUCUUUUUCUAUAAUUACUUGGUUUCAUUACCUGUUCAAUUGUAGUACCAUGUUUAUGAAUGUUGUAAUUUUCUUUGAAAUAUAUUAUGAAAGAAAUGAGUUUGGAUUUCA